GUAUUGUCACGUUCUGUGAAGUGAAAUCCUCCCUGUAUAAAUAUCCAUGUAUCAUCGUCUAUCCCAGUUUAUUAUUCAAAUCACAAAUCAUGCUGCUUUUGCUUUUUGUAUCGUUGAUUUUAUUGGACAUUUCCAACGCUCAAAUCUUUGGUUUUGGGAGAUGUGCUCAGGUGAAAACCCAGGAAACUUUUGAUAUUAACAGGUAUCUUGGAACAUGGUAUGAAAUAUAUAAAUUUAAAGCCAACUUUGAAGGAAAUGCAAAGUGUAUCUCAGCAAAUUACGAGCUAAAAUCAAAUGGUCAUAUCCGAGUCCAUAAUUCAGGAAUUGAAAAUGAACAAAUUAAAGAAGCCACUGGGGACGCGUACAUACCGGACCCAAAAUAUCCAGCAAGGCUAGGCGUGAAAUUCUCUAAUCUGGCUCCAUACGGAAGAUACUGGGUUUUGGACACCGAUUAUACAACCCACACAAUGAUAUACUCAUGCACGGACAUUUUGGGGAUCUUCCAUUUUACAUAUGCCUGGAUCUUGAGUCGCGAAAGAACGCUGGAUCAAUCUGUGACAAACCGACUUUUCAGCAAGGCUGCCUCUUUCGGCAUCGAUACGUCCAACUUCUUAAAACAGGAUCAAACUGGAUGCUAA